AUGGGACGUGAGGAGCAUGGAAGGACUUGGUGCAUGGACGCAGCUCAACUGGAUACGCAAAGGAAGAAGGAGGAAGCCAUCUUGAAGACCAGCUCGACCAUCUACUCGACCAACCGGUCGAGUUCCCAAUCGACCGGCCAAGCUUCAACUCGAUCGAGCUGGGAAGUCAAAGUCAAACCCGAAAAAUGUUGCUUCCCCCUUGACUUCCCUUUGACCCUAAACCUAAUCCUCUUUGUAUACCUGAGGCCCUCAGGCAAAGGUUUGAGGUCGACUUUAGGCGCCUUGAGCUCAGACCAAUCUCCUUGA